AUGUGGGACAUUGGAGACCAUGCUCUGGAUUUCAGAGUCACGAUUCUUGUCCUGACCACUUUCUUGACCAGCUUGGCGUUUCCAAGCCUGGCAAAUUGGGCCCGUCGAGCAUUUUGCACCACUGAUCAAUUCGCCAAAUAUUUUUAUCACGACUGCGAUGGCGAGAGUACACUCGAAGAUGUGCGGGUUUCUAGGAGGUGGGCACAGCGCGCUAUGAUUACCAUCUUGACAACCAGCGCAGUCGCCGUAUCUAUAUCACGGGCUGUCGUCGUCUCGACAAGAGAGGAAUGGUUGCACUGCGGUAUUUUGCUUUUAUUCCUCAUUGAAUGUCUCGCCUUACUAGUGGAGUCGCGCUGUGCUGUGCGUUAUUCCCUGGGCUUGCAAUUGAGUCUUAGUUGUGUAUUGGGGUUGAUUUCUCUUGCAUUCGAGACCUGCGCAUCGUAUCCUUUGCAUCUAGACAACAUCCAACGAAAGCUGGCCGGCGCAGAAUGCUGUUGUCUUCUCGCCACAGCCGCCCUCUGCUUGCUGCUUCCUCGCCGCCCCGAUGUCUACCACAACCACGUUAUGGUCGACCGCGAACUUUCCACCUCGAUUCUUAGUCGUGUUACAUUUAGCUGGGCAAGUAAAGUUGUCCAGCUCGGCCAUCAGGAUAAGGAGUUCGACCCGGCGGAACUUCCAGGGCUAGACCACAGUACGCGAUCGCAAAGUCUCCGAGAGUCGUUUGCUGAGGCUAAAAGCGCAAUCACGUCAAAAACGCCAAACGGUUUUACAACGCCGGCACCGAUGUGGAGGAUACUAGUGCGAUCCAAUCGUGCACAUCUGACCGGGACAGCGGUGCUGUGCUUUCUCCUGGCACUGCUCACUUUCGCGCCGCAUAUGGCGCUAUUCCAUAUCCUGCAAGUCUUGGAAUCCGAUUCACCUGAGAUGAAAGAACCCUUGCAGUUGGGGGCAUGGGGACUUGCGUUGGGCCUGUCAAUUGUUUGCUCUUCUCUUGUUGAGCAGUGGAUAAACUGGAUUGCAUUCAAUAAGAUCUCAGUCCGAAUAAUCGAGCAAAUAUCCAUCAUGGUGUUUGACAAGGCUAUGCGUCUAACUGGGUCCAUGAGCUCCGAGAAAAGCGGGGAUGGGAACGGCGAGGACGAAGAUUGCGGCGCUAAGAGUACAAUCAAUUUGGUUGCUGUUGAUGGCCAGCGAAUCGGUCGAUUUGCCACGUACUAUUUUCAUUUAGUGCUUGUGCCUCUGAGGAUAAUCCUUGCUUCUGUCUUAUUGAUGAAAAUCCUUGGCUGGCAAAGCUUGGCGGCCGGUCUUGCAUGUAUCGCUGUUCUGAUGCCGAUGAUCACUUCCUGCGGUCGCAUGUAUGCACAGGCUGGUCGCCAGUUGAUGGUGGCACGAGACAAGAAGAUGAGUAUCAUCACUGAGGUGCUGCACGGAAUCCGCCAAAUCAAAUUCUCUGCCCUGGAAGACAAAUGGUCAAAUAGAAUCGGUUUGGUGAGAAAGCAGGAGCUGGCAGGUCAACGCCGAAUCUUUAUCUCGAAUGCUGGCAUCAUGUCUUUCUAUAUACUUGGCCCAAUCGCGUUGUCUGUCGCCUCCUUGGGAGUCUAUGCCUAUCUACACGGGGGGCUGACGGCCUCGGUCACUUUCACUGCUACAUCAAUUAUGGGUUCGAUAGCAAUGUCGUUAGGUGUGCUUCCGGAUUUACUCUCGAAUGUGUUGGACACUUUCAUCAGCACACGGCGCCUGGAUGAGUAUUUUAGUACUCCCGAAAAGAUGCCAAUUUUAACUCCAUCCGACACUAUUGGCUUCCAGAAUGCCACAGUUACCUGGCCGGGAGCUUUGACAUCUCAAAAGUCUCCCUGGGUCUUAAGGGGUCUUGAUCUGGAAUUUGCCCGAGGCGAAUUAAGUCUAAUUUCCGGGCGAACGGGAUCAGGCAAGAGUCUUCUGCUAGCUGCCAUCCUGGGAGAAUGUGAUAUCAUUACCGGGCAGGUAAUGGCACCUCUUCAACCGGAUCCUGAAAGUGUCUGGCGCACAUACGUAGCCAAUGAAGAAUGGCUCCAGGACUCCGCCACGGCUUACGUGGCUCAGAUGCCAUGGAUUGAAGCAGCAACUAUCAAGCAGAACAUUCUGUUCGGCCUUCCCUUUCGUGAAGAGAGGUAUAGGGAUGUCCUAUACGCAUGCGCCUUGGUAAAGGACUUGCAAACCCUCCCCGAUGGCGAGCAAACUGAAGUCGGCCCCGACGGAGUCAACUUGAGUGGUGGCCAGAAAGCCCGCAUUUCUCUCGCAAGAGCGUUAUAUUCCCGCGCUGGCAUUCUGUUGUUGGACGAUAUAUUUAGCGCAGUGGAUGUUCAUACCGCGCAACAUUUAUAUGAGCAUGCACUGACCGGACCUUUGGCUGCGGGUCGAACCCGAAUUCUCACCACGCAUCACAUCAGUAUUUGCUUGCCCCAGACUGAUCGUAUUGUUCAUUUGGAAGAUGGCAUGGUUGGUUUUACUGGUGCGGCUGCUCAAUUACAUCAAAGUGGAAUGCUGGACAGUCUGUUACAUUCUUGCAAACUUGAUGAAAAACUGCAUGAAAAUGCAGAGGUUGCAUUGAAAGAUACACCUUCAUUUCCACUUGAGCAAGUCGAUGAGCCCAAUCGACCGACUUCGUCACAGAGCAGGCGAGUAGUUAAUCAGGCACCACGAACCUUUCUGAAAAAAGAGCGAGGCAAGACAAACAAAUCCUCUCUGCGGCUUUUUAUUCAGUAUGUCACAGCAAGUGGCAGAUGGUGGCUAUGGGCUCUAGUUGUCAUUUCUAGUGCGUCAUAUAUGCUUCUUAUACUCGCAAGAAGCUGGUGGCUACGUGUCUGGAGCAACCAUGAUACCGAGGCAGCUCUCGAUGCACAGAAAAUGGCCGAGCAACAUUUGAAGUUCUAUUUUGGUAUCUACGUCGCUUUCGCUGUCUGUGAGUGGCUCGUUGGCUCAACGGUAAACGUGAUUACUUUCUUUCCCGCACUCCGUGCAUCAGAACGUCUUUUCGAGCAAUGUCUACGCGGUGUACUCAGCGCACCUCUGCAAUGGCUUGACACUGUCCCGGUUGGUCAGAUUUUGAAUCGCUUCUCAUUUGACUUGAACGUUGUCGACUCUCGGAUAUGUCUCAAUCUGAUCCACAUGCUCGCCGCCGGCCUGGAAUGUGGCAGUGUGAUUGUCGCCGGCGUUAUCGUUAACCCUCUUCUGAUCAUCCCCAUCGUUCCUCUUACCUCGGCAUGUGUCUAUUUUACCCGUACAUACUUUGUCGCAGCCCGAGAGGUAAAGCGUAUCGAAAACAUCGCUCGCAGUCCAGUAUUUGAGAAAUUCAACUCUUCGCUCGCUGGCCUUUGGACAAUCCGGGCCUAUGGAAAGCCAGAAAUCUAUAUUGAGCAAAUGCAGCAGCUUGUCGAUGGCCAUGCUAGGGCCUACUGGCAUCAAUGGCUGUUAACCCGCUGGCUUGGAACAAGAAUCAACAUCAUCGGAGCGAUUUUUACUACAUGUGUUGCCGUUUUGGUUACGAGUCAAACAGGAGCAGAUGCGCCCGCGGCCGGUUUUGCGAUCGGUUUUGCAAUUCAGCUGAGCAGUGCCAUGACUUUGUUAACUCAGGCUUACACUGGUUGGGAACUGGAUUUGAAUUCUGUCGACCGCCUCUUGGAGUACUCUGAUAUGGAGCCAGAAAAGUACGAUGGCAUUGAUCCGCCAGCCGCGUGGCCAACAGAAGGACGAUUGGAUAUAAACGACCUGACAGUCAAGUACGCGCCUGACCUGCCACCGGUUCUUAGUGGUCUAAACAUAACCAUCGAGGGGAAUCAACGCGUCGGUAUCGUUGGUCGAACCGGGGCAGGCAAAUCGUCACUGGCUCUAGCUCUGUUCCGCUUCUUAGAAGCCAGCCAGGGCCAGAUUCUCAUUGAUGGGGUCGACAUUUCCAAGAUUACACUGACCUGUCUGCGGAGCCGACUGGCCAUCAUCCCACAGAAUCCAAUGUUAUUUUCAGGGAAUGUUCGAUCCAAUCUGGAUCCUUUCCAGGAACACGAUGAUAGCGAACUUCUCUCUGCUCUAGCGCAGGUGCGAGGCACUACUUCUACAGCGAAACUCCCAUUAUCAGAACUCGAAAAUACCAUUUCUGAGGGCGGUUUGAAUCUAUCCCAAGGCCAGCGUCAGCUUCUUUGCCUCGCUCGUGCGAUUGUCUCCAAUCCGAAAAUUCUUAUCAUGGACGAAGCCACUUCUGCGGUCGAUCAUGCAACGGAUGAGAAGAUUCAGCAGGCUUUACGGACAAGAUUUGGACAUGGCUCUUCAACUCUCAUAGUAAUUGCCCAUCGCUUGAGCACGAUUGCUGACUUUGAUCAUAUCUUGGUCUUAGACCGUGGCAUGGCGGUGGAAUCUGGGCCUCCUCGAGACUUAAUAAACCUUGAGAAUGGAAUCUUUCGGGCAAUGGUAGAGAAGGAUUCAGACAGAGACCAAUUGCUUCGGAUCAUUUCCGGACAAUAA